GCGGAGAUUGAAGUGACUUUUUGUGUCAAACCAUUCGUCGGAAUAGGUAAACAAUCCGGGCCGGAUUGUCAAUAAUUGUAGUGUGCGAUGGUUUUGAUUGAGGUGUGCUAUAGGGUAUUGGCUCAGCAAAGAACUACUGUGGGAGAGGGGGCAAAGGAUGAAAUCUUCCUUUCAUUCUAUUGCUGCUUUUGGGAGGUAUGGAUGAAGCUCUUUUUUUUUUUAAUGCUGUUACGAUAUUGAAGCAUUUACAUGGAUGGAUACGAGAAUGGAUUACUAAAUUGGACUUUUUUUUUUUUUAUCUUUCGCAACCAAAUCAUCAUUCGACAAUUUCACUUUUAUAAAAAUCAUCACCAUUAGAUAAUUAUCAGCAAUGGCUCAGAGACUUACAUAUAGACGUCGUUGUUCUUACAACACCCGUUCCAACCGUGUUCGCGCUGUCAAGACUCCCGGUGGAAAGCUUGUCUACCAAUACGAGAAGAAGCCCGUAAAGGCUCCUCGUUGUGGUGACUGUGGUGAAGCUCUCGCCGGUAUCAAGGCUCUCCGUCCUCGUGAGUUCGCUACCGUCUCCAAGACCAACAAGCAUGUCUCUCGUGCUUAUGGUGGCUCUCGUUGUGCCCACUGUGUCAGAAACCGUAUUGUCCGUGCCUUCUUAAUUGAAGAGCAAAAGAUUGUCAAGAAGGUUCUCAAGGCCCAAAAAUAAAUUAAUUCGCAAUGCUAUUCUUUUAAUAAAUAAGAAUCAUAUUUCUCGAUUAAAAU